UUGCUUUUUUUGACCAUAAACUACUUCUCUCAGGUUGACUCAUUGCUCUCUCUUCACUCCCUCACUAUAAUUAAACCCCACCACAAAGAACCCUUCUGAUCACCAUGUUUUACUUUUUUUAGCUCUUCCCUUGCUUCUUCAUCUCAAGCUUCUUUGUUUACUGUUUGAUCUCAACGUUUUCUCUGUUCAUAUCUCUCUAAGCUAUAGAAAUGAAGAAAGCUGUGUUGAAAUUGGAGUUGCAUGAUGAGAAAGCCAAGAAAAAAGCCAUGAAGACAGUCUCUGGUCUCUCAGGGGUGGAUUCAGUAUCCAUCGACAUGAAGGACAAGAAGAUGACAGUGAUAGGGGACAUUGAUCCAGUAUGCGUAGUGGCCAAACUGAGAAAGCUGUGUCACACAGAAAUAGUCACAGUAGGACCGGCAAAAGAGCCUGAGAAGAAAAAAGAUGAGCCCAAGAAAGAAGAGCCGAAGAAGCAAGGAGAUCAGAAGAAGAAAGAUCAAGAUCAAGAUCAAGAUCAGGUGGCUUACCAGGCCUAUAAUCCUCAUAUGCCCCCAUAUUAUUAUGUUAGAAGUGUAGAGGAUACUCCAAAUGCUUUUGUCAUUUCUUAAUCAGACGUUAAAAACAAAUAUAAUAUAUAAAGAUUAAAUAAGUGGAAAAAAAAAUAGCUCUGAUAAUUAGUUGGUGAUUUUGAAAAUUUUCGGUGUUAUUAGAACAGAAGUUGAUGGUGUUGGGUUGUUUUAUAUAAAUAAAUUAUGGGUCUUAUUUUGAUAA